CUCGCAUUUUUUGCAAAAUUUUAAUAAUUAAAUACUGUUUUAAAAAACCCAAAAAACGAUUCCUUUCCUUCUCCGGCUUGGCGUGGCCGGAGAAUCUUGGCGCCGAUCAGUGUGCAUUAGUUUCAGAAGAAGCUAGCCAGCCAGAAGAGAUCAGGAGUUGCUGUGAGCUGAGAUUUGCGAUUUCAAACAAAAGGUUUCAAGAUGAACAACAUUUGGUUGCCGAAUAGCUCUGGUUCUGUGGCUAAUGGGGAGACUUGUUAUGAAACUUCAACAAGACUUGAUCAGAAACGUCCUCAUCAGUGGUUUAUGGAUUCUUUUGAGCAGGAGUUAAGUGCUAGAAAGAAGCAAACAGUACAGCCUUUUAAAGAAACUUCAGGGCCUGUAGCUAUGGAAAGUUCUUUGUGGCAUGAUGAUUCCAACUUUCAAUCUGAAAACCUAACCCAGAACCUGUUCAACCCCAAGCCUGUGCGGAGUUCUAAUGUGGCUGAUAAGAAUAACCCAUCCAAUGCUGCUUCCUUGAAUAUGGAAAGGAAGGAACCAGGGAACCAAUUUGGAAAUGACUCAUUGGUUUAUUUAACCAUGUCUCAUGCAGGCAAUGACUCUUUGCGUAUGAACUCCGGACCUAGGAAAGUAAAAGUCCAUGAGGUACGGAUACCAGAGAAUUGCAGGCCUGAGUUAGGGCGAAGUACCUUUGUCCAUGGAGAGAAGAAUGAUGCUAUGACCAGCGCAUUUCGAAGGACUAACAAUAUGUUUAGUGGACCUACUUAUAAUACUGCAGCGGGGACUAUUUCAGUGGAUCCUGCUUACAGUAAGCUAGACAAAAGCUUUGUUUCACUUGGAAACUCCUCCAGCAAGAUAGAUGGGAAUUUUAUGCUCUCCAAUCAGUACUAUAACGGGACAGAUAACAAUGUACUGUCGAUUGGUCAGGCCUUAAACAGAGGGAAUUACAAUGUUAAUGCCCUAGGAGAGCACUAUGGAAAGGAAAACGGCAGUUUUUCAUCUGUUUUGCCUCCAUACAAUAGGGGCCAGGAGAAUCCAUUUGCGCUGGACCCUUUCUACAGCAAACUAAAUGAGACUUUCAUGUCUGCAGGUCCUAAUAAGGGGGAUCCACAUAUAACUUUUCAAGGUCAGCAGGAUGCUGCUGUUUCUUCGUUGGGAGCUCUCUACCAUAAAGAAAAUUCGAGCAUCCUAUCAAUGGCUGAGCACUCUAGGAAGGGUGAUGAAACUACCAUAGUAUACGGAGGCCUUCAGAAUAUUGUUGAGGAGAUGGAACGCUCUGGCAGGCUCAUAACUAGCUAUGGUGGUUUGCUAAAUCAAUCCUCUGCUCUCUCUUCUGAGGGAUUGGGGCAAAAAGAUACUACAGAUCAGCUAAGUGAAAAUGAUAUCCCGCCAUCUUCUUCCGGGCCAGAUGGUGCUGCCAAGAAUAAUGUUGUGAAGACAAAAAAGGGAUCGUCAAAUAACUUUCCUACAAAUGUUAAAAGCUUGUUGUCCACUGGCAUUCUUGACGGGGUUCCAGUGAAAUAUGUUUCAUGGUCGCGAGAGAAAAAUCUCAGAGGAGUGGUGAAAGGGACUGGUUACAUGUGUAGCUGCAAGGAUUGCAAGCUUACAAAGGCUGUCAAUGCUUUUGAGUUUGAGCGUCAUGCUGGUUGCAAAACCAAACACCCUAACAACCAUAUUUACUUUGAGAACGGGAAGACAAUUUACGCAGCUGUCCAAGAACUGAAGAACACCCCUCAGGAAAUGCUCUUUGACGUGAUGCUAAAUAUAACAGGAUCCGCAGUCAAUCAGAAAAACUUCGAUAUUUGGAAAGCAUCAUAUAAAGCUGCAUCCAAAGAGCUUAAACGCAUUUACGGAAGGGAUGAGUUGGUCGCGCAAUCCUAAUAUGUCACCUCUGAGGCCUGUUGAUAACUGUUGUCCACCUAGCUUGUGAAAAUGACAGUAGGAAUCAAUCAACUCUGGAACAUUAGAUUUGUCGAUAGUCGAUGUCGAUAGUCAAUCUGUUUUCUAUUUUGGGUGUGAAACUUUUUUUUUUACAGUACUUUUCAGUUCUAUCUAAACUACAGUAUCUUUUUCACGGGAGAUCUUCUCAGUGAUCAAUAAAUGCUUAUUUUUCUGCUAUAA